CAAAUGUUCAGGACUUGCCACCAGCCAGCCAGCAAACGACAAACGGCAACCACACACCACGUUCACCACAACACGUUCGCACGAUGAGUGGCGAGGUUGGAAAGGAGUUCUUCACCACGUUCCGCGGGAAGCUGCAAGAGCUUCGAACGAAGCUUGAAGCGCUCAGCACCGAUGCUUCCAGAGACGAGUUGACAAAGGCGCUGGAUGACAUCACAAAGGAGACUGCGGCCGUCUCCAAAUACUUGACAGACUCAACACCCUUCCUUCCCGCUUACGACAACCGCUCCAGCCAAACAGCGCUUGCAGAGUUCAAGCGGGAGUUAGACGCCAAACGCACACAGCUCGUACCAAAGAAGAAAUUCGCAUUCAAGGCACGACAGAAGAAGAAACCCACUGCUGCCAAGCAGCCAGCAUCGAGCGCGCCAACGGACGCUACAAAGACUGCCGCACCUCAGUCACACCAGCAAGCAGCACAGCCUGCUGCUGAUCACAGUAAACAGCAGGCCGCUGUUGAAGAGGACACUCUUGGAUUCAAGGACAAGGCCAACGAAACACUGCACUUGACGCGUGAGGUGGCAACAAACAGCGAUGUGACUUUGAAGAACUUGGAAAACUGCACAGUGCUGGUGGAGGGAGCGCCUGGUGCCAUUCACGCGAGCAACCUCAAGAACACAACAAUCUGUAUUGGGCCCGUCUCACGGUCACUGCUGAUUGACCACUGUGACGGGUGCAAGUUUGUGCUGGCGUGUCAGCAGCUGCGUGUGCACAACACGUACGACACAGACUUUUAUCUUCACGUCACCAGUCGAGCCAUCAUCGAGGACUGUGAUCGGGUUCGGUUUGCGCCGUUCAACUGGAAGUAUGACGGGAUUGAGGACGAUUACAAGGUUGCUGGACUUGACACGAGCAUCAACAACUGGGACAAAGUCAAUGACUUCAAGUGGAUCAAACCGCACGUGCCAUCACCACACUGGUGCACCAUCCCCAACGACGACAGACACGACGCGUGGCCAACCAUCGCCUCUCUGCCGCACUGACACUCUAAUGUGUGUGUGUGUGUGUCUGUGUGUGUGUGUCUGUGUGUCUGUGUGUCUGUGUCUGUGUCUGUGUCUGUGUCUGUGUGUCUGUGUGUCUGUGUGUGUGUGAGACUGCCUGGCUGUUUGCCCGGCCCUUUCGCCACUUCCUGCAUGCAGGCCAUUAACAGAUCACGCCAACACAUCACUUGUCCCUUGUUCACCACCCUCCCUCUCUCCUCGGUUGUCUUUGGAUAGGACAGUCACUUCAAAGUGGGCAUCCACCACAUGUGUACGUGUGCCUCAAUCCCACUCGCUCUUCAGACAGCCUGGACACGGUUUCGAGUUAAGCGCGUUUAUGGCUUUGGUGUUGAUUGGUUGAUUGGUUGAUUGGUUGAUCAGUUAGACGCAGCAAACGCUCGUCAUCAAAGCUAAAAGCGAAAGCAAC